AUGUAUAAGUGUCAACGAAUGUUCCGAACAACGUUGGUUCCAAAAUUUUCCUGUCGGCAACAUCGGCCUCCAGAACGAACCACAAGACUUCGCAUAUGCACUGAUUGUCUGAUGCUAAAAAGGGCUCUUCUCCAGUGCUUUCUCAUGCUGGUAUGCUCUGAGUUUGUACUCAACAAGAAGUGGCAUCCUUACAAAGGCAGACGAUACGAUUUAACUCUUUUUAUUCGUAAUCACAACGUGACAGACGCCACGUUCUUCCGGCUCGUGGGCGUGGACAACACGGCUGAUUUCAAUGUGUCCGCCGGCAACACAUUUGAACACACUUUUGAGGUCCGGCGGAAAGGCUACUGGACACUUUUUGUCGAAUUCCCUGGAGAUCGAUACGCGAAGUCGCCACGCAAGAUAAUAUCGCGAGAUUCGUACCGGAGAUGGGUGAUGGAAGUGUAUUACUAUCCAGGUGCUGUUGGUUUCAGCGAAUGGCACAAAAUGGGACGGAAGAGGGACUUAAACAAACAAGGCUGA